UUGUUUCCAAUAUCCAGGUUGGCCUACUACUGGCCUAAUAAGAAGGCAUCACCAUGAAUCCUGGUGAUUACAAUCUCAAGUGGAAUUCCCACAAUUCUGAGACAUGCCAAGCAUUCAGCUCUCUGCGGAAUGAUGGCAUUCAUGUUGACACAGUGCUAUCCUCCGGUCUGAAAAACAUAAAAGUCCAUAAGCUGGUUUUGUGUGCCGGAAGCAAGUACUUCGAGAGAAUGUUUCAGCUGAACAAUCAGUUCUCAUCCCCAACAACAGUGUUUCAUUUCCAUGGCAUACCGUUCAAUCUUCUGGAAUGGAUCAUUGAUUACAUCUACACUGGUGAAGUGAUUUUGCCCCAGGAGAGCCUUAUGGACUUUUUGGCCUUGGCUGAGAGUUUGGAGGUGAAGGGGCUGCUUGGUUCCCUGGAAAAGACUAAGUGUGGGCUGCCUGGGGCAAAGAGAUCAAAGAUGAGCAGACCCAAAUUUGAUAUUUCUGCUUCAUCAGCAGUUCGGACUGCUGCUAUAUCAAGCGUUCAAGGUCAAGAAGAUCAUGUGAUGCAAGAUGAUUUCAGUUUCAUUACAAAUCAGGAAUUAUCUCUUUCAGAUAGUUCUGGUACACCUAUUGAGGAAGUUUUGCCAGAGCUGUCAGAAGAACAGAGGAGGAGGCACCUGCAAAGAGAACAGAAAGAAGCUGGAACAUCUGAUCUCCCCAAGGAUGAGACAGCUUAUCCUGAGCCAGAAUUUUUCAUUGAGGAGCCUGCUCAGGACACAAACUUCUCUGAAGAAAAUAUGCAAUCUGGCAUUGAAGAGGCUGGAAUUCUCCCAUUCAUGGAAGGAGACAAGACUUUCUAUAAGUGCAUCUGGUGUGAAUAUGUUUGUGGGAAUAAGUUUGCAGCUGUGUCCCAUUCUCGGGUUCACACAGAUUGUCGUCCAUUCACUUGUCCCAUCUGUGAGAAGAAGUUCAAACUAAAACACCAUCUGCAGAGGCAUGUGAUCAAUGUUCACACUGAGCAGCUUCAGGAAAUUCUUGUGAGCAAGUCAUCAGAGGUGGUCACAGUUGGAGCAUGUGGGAUCCUUUUUAGUUCAGCUGCUGAAACUCUUCUUCUCAAGUUCUGCAGCAAUACAGACCAAAAAACAGCAUGGAGCCGUUUGCAAGAAGUGAGGAAUGGGCAGGUGAGGUCAGUGUUUUCCACCAGAACAGACGAAUCCUCAGCAUCACAAUAUUUCCAAUUCUAUGGGUACCUCUCACAACAACAAAACAUGAUGCAAGAUUACGUGAGGACAUCUACGUAUCAGAAGGCAAUGCUCAGCAAUGCAGCCGACUUCAAGGGCAAGGUGGUGCUAGAUGUCGGUGCAGGUUCAGGAAUCCUGUCAUUUUUCGCCAUUCAAGCCGGUGCCCACAGAGUCUAUGCUGUAGAAGCCAGCUCUAUGGCAAAGCAUGCUCAGGAGUUGGUGAAGGCAAACAAGCUAGGAGACAAAAUCAUUGUGAUAGCAGGGAAGAUUGAGGAGAUUGACCUGCCAGAAGAAGUUGAUGUGAUCAUUUCAGAACCAAUGGGCUACAUGCUAUACAAUGAAAGAAUGCUUGAGACAUAUCUGCAUGCCAAAAAGUGGCUAAAGAGAGGAGGAAAAAUGUUUCCAACCAGAGGUGAUUUGCAUGUGGCUCCUUUCACUGAUGAUGCCAUCUACAUGGAACAGUUCAACAAGGCCAACUUCUGGUAUCAGCAGAAUUUUCACGGAGUAGAUCUCUGUAGCCUACGACAAGCGGCAAUGAACGAGUAUUUCCGACAACCAAUUGUGGACACGUUUGACAUCCGUAUAUGUAUGUCCAAAUCUGUUAGGUAUACAAUCGACUUCCAGACAGCCAAUGAAACAGAUCUCCAUGUGAUAGAAAUCCCAUUGGAAUUCCACCUCCUGCAAUCAGGAACAGUGCAUGGACUGGCAUUUUGGUUUGAAGUGGUGUUCUUGGGGAGCAGCCAGCCGGUCUGGCUGUCCACAGCACCCACAGAGCCCUUGACACACUGGUAUCAAGUGCGCUGCCUUCUCGAGACCCCCAUCUUUGUUAAAGUUGGCCAGCUCCUCACUGGCAAGGUCACACUCACUGCUAAUGAAAGGCAGAGCUAUGAUGUGAACAUGAACCUGAAUGUGGAGGGAACUGGGACCCAAUCAUCAAAUACGUUGGAUCUGAAGAACCCGUACUUUAGGUAUACAGGACAACCCCAGACUCCUCCAGGUCACAACACCACCUCUCCAAGUGAAUCAUACUGGCAGCAACUUGAUGCACAGGGGGCUAGGCAAGGUCAGUCUUCAUUAUUGCUCUCUGUGAACUUGGUGAAUGGAAUUUCUGUAAAUGGAUUGGGGGAGAUCAACAUGGAUGCAAGCCAUCUUGUGGGUCAGCUGGUUGAUGGGACUGGUGGAAGCUUGGGGGGUCAUGCAGCAGUGCAUCCAGGCGGGAUCUUGAGCACUGGACAAGGAAAGAGCAAUUCAGGAUCACUGGGAACACCAAAUCGGGCAUGCCCAACAGCUUCUUCUGCAAGUCAGCUCAUUGGCGGAGCAGUGUCUCCCUCCAGCUUUUCCCAGGCAUCCCAGGUUGUGAUGGGGACCACAUCUCACUACCCAGUGAGCAACAGCCUCAUGAUCGGCGAUUAUGUGACUUCUGGAGCCCUUUUCCUUCCUCCACAGAACUAUCACAUCAAGUGAUGACACCUUUACAUCCAGUGUAAGUAGCUCAUGUCAGACCAAGACAAUGCAUGUGAGUGCAAGCGAGUUUGAGACAUCUCUGAUGAUUGAUUGACUUCUUUUUUCCCUUGUGUGCAAGUGGUGAUCGAAAGUGCACAAAAACCCAUUGUGGCAUUUGACAUCUCUUUUGCUCCUCUUAUGUUGUUUCCCUGUUGGGUAUGUGUUUUCAUCAUGUGCAAUCCCAGGAACAUUGGCAUCCCCAACAGUGUUAUAAUGAUCAUGGCUCACUCACAUGGCAGUCUUUGUUUUUGACUGGAUACUGAUGGGAACUGAUGAAAAUCCAUUUGGCACGUGAUAUUGACUGAAUUCCUCUGGAUAAUUUGAGUCAUCCAUUAGUGUUGUUCCCCCAUUUGUGGUGAAUGCAUUAUUUCAGUAUUGGCUGCCCUUAGCCAUCCUUGUCUAUUGAGAAUUGUUACACUUCAUAAUAUCCUGGUUUUUCAUCUCAAUUCAACAGAUAUGUCUCUAAAUGAUUCAGGUUUGAUGAACUGUAAUGAUGACAUGAGGGAACUUGCAUUUUGCCCUCAUGGAAUGAUCAGUUUCAUUUUUUACUCCUUUUUUUCUUUGAAGUACUGAUAUGCAGUUGGUACUGUGUCCUGAAUUUGGGCUUCCAAAUAAUCAUCUGAUAUCUGAGAAAGAAGGUUGAUUUAGUGUUGGUUUUGUCAAGAUCAAGUAGACAUGGAGGAACGUGAAUAGUAUUUCUGCUUAGUUCCUCUUGUGAGCAAUGAGUUCUGUUUUGAAGCUGCACUUGUCAGUUCAGUAUUGAGUUCCUUCAGUUAAGUCCACUUUAUUCACAUUUUCAGGUAAAAAAUUUGUUUGGUUCUUCAGCCAUUUUAUCUGCCUUGUUCUGAGCAGAGGUAAGUUGAAAUUUGAAUGGAGUGGUGGGAAAAUUUGAUUAUCAGCUUCCUUUUUCAAGCCUAUGAGCAACCUCCAGUUUCUAAGGGCAGCUAAAGAUGUACUUCAGAAAUUUCCAAAAGCAGCAAUCAAUGAAAGACUUGUUGCUCCAGUAGGCAUGGAAAGAGUCUAUAGAUGUUGUCACAUUAAACUAUGAUCAGUUUCAGGAAUCAUGAAUCCUUUUGAUAUUUGGAGACCUCAGGGCAUGGUACACUGAGUCCAAAAAAGUAAAUCCAGUACUGUGCUAUUUUCUUUUAUGUGCAAACUGUUCAAAAUGAAAAUAAUGCAGUUUUCAAUAUUGUGAAGAAAUUUGGAUUCUGUACUGCCAAUCCUCAACUGAAUUUUUUUUGUCUCAACAGCCAGAAGAAUGCUAUGUUUAAAUCAUGCUUGCUAUCUUGCUACCCUGCUCACAAAUGACUGUGGAGUUGCAUCACUGCUGGAAGUGGCCUUUUGGAACCAAUUUUGGUGGGGCUGAUGUAACUGCUUUUUAUUCUGCUUCGAAAAGUGACAGUUUUUUGCUAGAACUAAUUUUUUCAAAAUAAUAUUGAAAAGCACAUCUUGAACAGUUUGUGUUUAUAAAAAGAAACUGUUUACUGGCUUGGUAUCUUUUUUUCAAUAUUCACUGUGAAGAUACUUGGAGCAGAACCUUUGAUGACAUUAGUUAACAUGGUGAAAUCUGAUAUAACCAGCAUAGUUCAUAUUGCUUCCAAGGAAUUCUGCAGAGAAUAUGUGGAGCCCUCAUUGCUUAUUUGAGAUUGGUCUGUGAAAUUGAUAUCUGCCUCUCUUCAUCCUUGUUGAAUGAACCCAAGCAAAUAACCUUCAUGGGGGCCCACAUUGAAAUACUGUAUGGAUUGUGUGAAUGCACAUGAUCAAAGCAGGUAAUGCUAAUGGGUGUUUUCUUUUUUUCCCCCACUCUGUAAUUUCACCUUGAUGUGAAUUUCCUCAACUUCUACCGGUUGGAUGAGUAAUCAAGCAUUGUAAAAUAAGGGAUUGUAUCAGGAAGGUAUCUUAAUUUGUGCAUUGGAAGGAAUUUUCUCAUUUACAAAUUUCCACUUUCCUGAUGGCCUGCUUUUGUGGUUUGAAUUGGAGGAUUUCCAAAUUGCUUUGAUUGACAAUGAUUAUUCCUAUGGAAUAAGUCAAGUUUGUUGAGACACUAAUGGAAUCUUGAGAUGUGGUACGGCCUUUUUUUCAGCACGAAGGGAAGUGUGAAUGAAAGCAAUUUUUGUCAUUUCCUCCCUCAAUUUGCUCUGAUUUUCUGCUAAUUUUUGACUGUGAUAGCUGGAAAAAGGUCCAUUCUUUUGAAUGGAAAAGCAUGGUCUUCUUUUUUUCCCCCCCCUUCUCUGGCAUAUUUCUUUCUGUCUGCCUUCAAAAGGAAUGAAGGUCUGUUCCCUUUC